CGGGCACCUCCCCGCAACCCCGGCCGCAGCAAGCCGGGGGCCCCGUCGCCUGCUCCGCGCACCUGCUCGCCUUCACCAGAUGCAUCUCCAGGGGGUACCGCUACCGGCUCCGAGCAGCCCCAGGGCACCAGCACCAUCCCUUCUUCCCUGGGCAACGGGCACCGGCAGUGACCCCCCUCCCCGUGCUUCCCGCACAGACCUGCCUGUCCGCAGCGAGCAGGCUCUGGAAACCUGCACCGUAGCCGCUUCGCCCGCCUCCUGGGCAUGAGGACGCCGGCGGCAAUGAUCGUGGGGCUGGUGCUGUGCCCCUGCGGGCUGCUGCUGACGCUCACGGGCACGCUGACGCCCAAAUGGAGGCAGGUGAGCCGCAUCCCCGACCAGCCCACCGACCUGGUGCUGGAGCAGGGCAUCUGGGACGUGUGCAGCGAGCGGCAGAGCAGCCACUUGCGCCUCUGCGGGCAGGCUGACGAGCUGGGCUACUUCGAGCAGAUGCCCGUGCGGGUGGCCAGGGGACUGAUGCCCGCCUCGCUGGUGGUCACCCUCCUGGGCUUGGUGGUGGCCGCCCUGGGCGUGCGCUGCUGGCAGGAGGAGCCGCGGCACACGCUCGCCGGGGCGGCGGGGCUCGUGCUACUCCUCUCCGGGCUGCUGAGCCUCAUAUCCGUCUCCUGGUACACCCACAAGCUGUGGGCGCUGCCCGCGCCGGCCAGCAGCACGCUGGCCGUGGGCUACAGCUUGGUGCUGAGCUACCUGGGCAGCUGCCUGGAGAUCCUGGGCGGGCUGGCCCUGGCCCUCAGCUUCCACCGCUGCUGCCAGGAGCGCCGGGCCCUCAAGUCACCUCCCAGCCCCACACCAGCGCCCGGGAGCCGCACCACCGCCAGGGCCUACCACAACCCUGCGGAUGUGCUGCGGGAUGAGCGAGACGGACGGGGAUGGAGGAGCACCCUGCCUUGCGACUCCGACCUUUAGCCCCGGUGCGGCGGGCAGCAACAGGCCCUGAUCUGCCCGCCGGCACCAAGAGCAGCGUGGGCUCCUACCUUUCCGGGCCAUAGCCUUUGCUAAGGGCACCUCAGAGCAGACUGGAAACAGCCCAGGGACCCAGCUUGCAUGUCUACAGCCUCCUCGCAAGCGCGCCAUGCUCCAGGCUCUGUGACUGCACCGAAGUUGGGCUGGGGUUAGGACCAGCGCUGGCUCCAGCCUGCCCGCCACUUCCCCCUGCACAGCUCUGUGCAUGGCCCAUCAGCUUGGGUGAAGGCAGCGCUGGCGUUCCCCACGUGAGCAGAGCAAAGGUUAGCGCCGCACGGCUCUCAAGGCCGGGAAGAGGGGAGUGGAGCACCUUCUGCACACCUCUGCUCAACUCCAGGCUGUGUGCAUACCGAAAUAAAUGAAGAGGAACGGGUUUGUGCUGCAGGGAGGGUGGUCAUGGGCUUUCUGCCAGCUGGGCUGGACUGGGAGCGGUGGGCAUGGCCAACCAAGCUCCCCACACUCCACCUGAAGCGGGGGAAAAUGGUCUGCAAGGGGACAGGGGGGGGUUCGUAGCAGCUUCCUAAAGGACUUUUCCCUCCAUGGUCACAAUCAGCUCAGGAGGUUUCUCCUUCCUCGAGCACAACCGUUUCAGGGAGCAAGAGAGGACAGAGAAAAAUAACAUAAACUUCCCCCUGCGAGGCAGUAAAACUGGUCUCACUGGUUUGUAAGGGACACCUAAAGAGCAGAGCCAUGCUAUAAAGACU